GUAGAUGCUUCAUUUAUGUCAUGUUUUGUAGCAGGUACACAGGUGCAGACAUAGGCGUGAGAGUCUUGAGUUUGUUGUGUAGAUGUCUUAAGAAUCACUACAGGUGCGCCUGUUUGUCCUCAAAGAACCAUCCCACUUCCUGUUAAAUAAGAACAUCCUGAGUAAUAAGAUUGACUCUUCUUAAAGCGUACCUUUACUUCGUCUUACACCUGUGUUGGGAUCGGGAGGGUAGAGAACUCACGUUACGGGCAAACGUUGAGAUUUAAUUGGCCAAGGCGAUUGUUGGCGCUGUGACUGACACAGAGGGGCUUUCCGGGGGGAUCGCUUCCAGCUGAGCGGGAGGGAGGAAAGGAGAAACCGCCGCUAUAAAGAGCUCUAUCCACCGUGAGGUCUGUGCGGAGAAACCUUAAGGACCUUACAAGACAGGGACAUCAUCUUCUCUUUGCAGACCGUCCUCUAAGGAACUGUUCCUGUCUGUAGUGUGCACACAGGGUGAGUUCGUGUGACGGCGACGUAUCGGAUAAUCUAGAACGUCAGGUACAAAGACAUUCUGCACAAGCUACUUAAAGGUGGCGCCGACCUCUCGUCUACAUCUAUUGUUAGAGAAGGGAGGGACGUUGACAGCGUUGAAAGUUGCCCGAGCGGUUCUCGUCGUUAAGGCCGGACCCACGCCGAGGAGACCCGCCCGUGGUAUGCUAAGAGCGGACUUGUCUUCACGAGGAAGGAUUAGCGUUUAGAAUCCUGUCUGAGAGACCCGAAUCCAAACCUACGGGACAAAACAUAGCCGCGCGGCACCUUUGUGUUAGACCCGGAGAGCAGGGUUCGUACAGGCGUCGGGCAGGGCGCUGGAGCCAGGACAACACUCUCUGAAAGAGCUCGGCAUUGUUGGCAGUACGCGCCGCGGCCUGGAGAGGAUUGUGUCGGUGUUAAUCCAGUCUGAGUACCGGGAAGUACACUUGUCAGCGCGCUGGGGUUUGGUCGAUACCUCUGUAGACCCCCCGACUUCGGACAACGCAAAACUCGACAAAGUCACAGGACUCAACAAAAGGACUGUCUUAUUAUAGCUUCGGUUAAGAGAACAAAAAAUCGUCCGACGCUUCUGUGGGAACUGGGUCAUCGCCCUACAUUACGUCCUGAAAAAGAUUUCUAAAAGUCUUUAUACCACCAUUGGUACCGAAGAAAAGACUGUUGGAUUUUUCAAUGAUUUACCUCCCAGGCUUCUAAACACGUCACAGGUAUUUUGCUGAGCUGAAACAACGAAAGUCUCUCUGAGAAAUCGACCCGCAUUCUUCAAGCACGUUGCUUCUUAAGGAAGGGGCUUGCCUGAUUAACUAGCGUAAACACGCCGGAGUGGGCGACCCAACCUCUCAGGUCCGACUUCCGAUUGGGAAGACCUUACGUCUGCAGUUCGUCUACAAGCAGCUUCACUACAUUCACAGAAGUACCGACGAAACAUCAACAUAUCCUCUGGGAAUCAGUGCCGUUGCGGGCCAUUUAAAGCACCUUAAGUCCAAGUGCGCAGCCUCCUGUCGGAAGCAUACGGCCCUUAAGGGUUCUUAAGGAGAUCACAAGGGCCAGGUCGUCGCCAGGACUCUGUCACAGUGCCGGAAACAGGGAGAGGGGAGUGGAGUGUGAAAAGAGGCGUCGGAAAAACAAAAACGCGUGUUUUCGUCUUGACACAGCUGUCUUUGCUGAUACACCAGGGUGAAUACAUCGAAGGGAGAGCAGAAAAACGGGAGAAAUAUCAGACCCACAAGCCGAGAGUCUAGUCUGUGUGGGCCUGGCUGUCUUUUCAAGUCAACCUCUUAAAACAUCGUCGUGAAACUUUGCGCACUUGCUCGCGUGUCUUCGCGCUUGGAGUAACACGUUCUGUGAACUCGGAACGUACGGAUGUACCGCGUGUGUCCACCUGUACCCUACAUUGUUCGACAAAACUGACACCGGCACAGUAAGACUAUACCAUGCACAUCUGUGUUGACGGCGUGCAGCCCGACAAAACCUGCUCGUGUUUAGGCCCUGGAACCGGAGUCGUCCCCGACAGACUUCUGUGUUUUGAAACAGCCAUGUCAGCGACUCGAACCAGAGACCUAAACAAGACCACCUUGUCGCGCCCUGUGUUGGGUGGUCACAAAAGACUGCAGACUCCCAACACUUCAGAAAACCACCAAAAACUUAGCCCGGACGUUUAUUCUUUGAUUAAGGACGGACACUCAUUGCUUUGGGGAGAAAGUCGAGUCGCAGAUUCAGAGAAUAUGAAGAGUAGCGUGGAAGGACGAUGUAAAGCUAAGGAUGCAUUGACGGUAAGAGAGGACACUCAACUACGGGACUGGAAAAGGCCACGGUUUGAAGUAGAGAAGGUGCAUGUUUAUACUCUGUGUUGCUGGAUAACGUCUUCUACGUCUAGCACUGUGGACGUUGACAUUGACGAUUCUUACCCGGAACCGUCAAGUCUACAUGACGCCGCAGAAGACGGGGAUCUGGAACUCGUGAGAACUUUGGUCAGGACCAAACUGGAAAAUGUAAACGUCGUGAACAAGUUCGACCACACGCCGCUGCACGAGGCGGCCUGGGGAGGCCACACGGAGAUCUGCCGGGUCUUAGUCGGGGCAGGAGCGAAGGUGAACCCGAGCACGUCCCAUCAAUGGGGCGGUGGCGACACACCUGCUCAUUUCGCUGCCUUUGAGGGACACCUGUGCACCCUGCGGUACCUGGCUGGUGCUGGGGCGAACUUGGACGUACAGAACGCCUCAGGUGAGACGCCGGCGCACAACGCGGCGAGGAUGGGCCAGGUAGGCGUGGUGACGUACCUAGCCAGGUGUGGAGCUGACCUGACCCUGAGGAACGACAGCGGUAGGACUGUGUACGAGCAGGCCAUGGAGUUCGGCAACAGGAGUCUGGCAGAAUGGAUCCACAGAUUCCUACGCAACCCCAGACCACUGCAGGACUUGUGCCGUGAUGUCAUCAGAAGCUGUGUAGGGUCAGACAGAACAGCAGAAAUUGAUGACACACCAGACAUACCACCUGGACUAAAACCGUACCUGAAACUCCAGAAUUGAAACUCCUAUAGUCUUAGAAGUCUGUGCUUGAUCACAAGUUGGGGUGGAUUGGAGACGGAAUAUCUUGAACUCGUUACUGCUACUGUGUUUUCUCAAGAAAAAUUUCCCCAAACAUCUUCAGAAGAUGUUCUGUAACUCAAGGAGAGUUUAGAAAGUUGUGUGAGGGUUAUUCAAUUAUGAGACUAUGAGAGAAAGCUUCAGGAUUCUUGAUCAGUGAACUCUGGACUCAAGAGAAAAUGCUGGCCUUUGUCUGAACGGCGGAGAAGCACAUAGACCUCUCACUUCAAAUGGAAAUAUGGCUCAUCAGAACUUGAUCCUUCUUCACCAGCAGUGGAAAUGUCCUGCUUUCAUGUCACAGCGCCAUCUAGUGUUUAUAGUGAUAAUUGCAGCCUCAAGGAUCCAGCAAAUGCAUACAGACACUGUUGUAUCCAAAGCUAUUUCAUACAACUGGCCUCCAGAUCUUGAUGUGGACCUUACCUUAAACCACUAACAUGUCUUUAAAAAAAUUGCAAUCAAAGUUUGGGCACAACAUCGUUGCCAAUGAACUGCGGAAAUUUUGCAUGGAGAGUCGAAUCUUGUGUUGAUUGUGUGUUGAAAUAUUUGUGGGUAUUUUCGAAUGGAGUGUACGCGACCUCCUGCAAAGUUGAUAUGAAGCACAAAUAAGCUGUUUUCUUUGGAAACGAAUAUCUUUAGCCUAGACAUGUACAUGCAAGGCUAGAAAAUGUAGUACAAUGUACAUCCUUAAGGAAUACUGUUUUAAAUAAUGGGGUCAGUAAGCAUCGUCAUUAAAAGGAAACUACUUGCA